CUCUCGUCUUUUGUUAUCAGACGCCUCGACUCCAUCUGGUUUGUCACCUCUUACCCGCACGUCACUGCUUGCAUCUUCAGCUCUCUCUUCUCUGUCUCGCCCUUGUUCACACCCUGAUCCUCGAGAUCGGAAGGGAAGGAUGCAGCCCGGCAGCGAGGCUUCCCGACGUAUCGCUAGGAUCAAUUCUCACCUCCAACCUCCCGUCUCUCAGAUGGAGGAGACCUCCUUGCUGAGGAGAGCGAAUUGCCGGUCCAAAGGAGGGGCGUCAGGAUUUAAGGUGGCGAUUUUGGGUGCUGCUGGGGGGAUCGGUCAGCCGCUUGCUUUGCUGAUGAAGAUGAAUCCUUUGGUGUCGGUUCUGCACCUUUACGAUGUUGUCAAUGCUCCCGGUGUUACUGCAGAUAUAAGCCACAUGAAUACUGGUGCCGUGGUUCGUGGCUUUCUGGGCCAGCCCCAAUUGGAGGAUGCACUUGCAGGAAUGGACCUUGUCAUUAUUCCUGCCGGUGUCCCUAGGAAACCAGGAAUGACCAGGGAUGAUUUGUUUAACAUCAACGCUGGAAUUGUUAAGACGCUUUGUGAAGGAAUUGUUAAAUGCUGUCCCAAGGCUAUUGUGAACUUGAUCAGCAAUCCGGUGAACUCUACUGUCCCUAUUGCAGCUGAGGUUUUCAAGAAGGCUGGUACUUAUGAUUCCAAGCGUCUUUUGGGAGUGACUAUGCUUGAUGUAGUGAGAGCCAAUACUUUUGUGGCUGAAGUAUUAGGGAUUGAUCCCAGGGAUGUUAAUGUUCCCGUGGUUGGUGGUCAUGCAGGAGUUACAAUAUUACCUCUCUUAUCACAGGUCAAUCCUCCAUGUUCAUUUACGCCUGAGGAAAUUAGUUAUCUAACCAAUCGCAUACAAAAUGGAGGAACAGAAGUUGUCGAGGCAAAAGCUGGUGCUGGUUCUGCAACAUUGUCAAUGGCAUAUGCAGCUGCUAAAUUUGCAGAUGCUUGUUUGCGGGGAUUACGAGGUGAUGCAGGAGUAGUCGAAUGCUCAUUUGUGGCUUCCCAGGUGACAGAACUGCCCUUUUUUGCAUCUAAAGUGCGGUUAGGUCGUUGUGGAGUUGAGGAGGUUCUUCCCCUUGGACCUUUGAAUGAGUUUGAAAGGGCUGGCUUGGAGAAGGCAAAGAAAGAGUUGGCAGUAAGCAUUCAAAAGGGUGUCUCAUUCAUUCGCAAGUGAUGGAAGUGGAGUGCCCAACUCCUGAGCAGAUUGAGCUCAUAUUUCAUUCCCCCAGACUUUACCUUGGAGGUACAUCACUUUGGAGGUACAUCGAGAUUUUCGGUGACUGCACUAUUCAUCUCUUUCACAUCCAGUUGAUUUGGUAGGACUGUGUAAUAUGUAUAGACUUAGCAGUAUCAACUGACAAUUUUCUUCUGUAGCAUCAAAAGAGCGAUAGAGACAUGAAAUAUUGGCUGACAUGGUAUUUUGUUUCUUGAUAUCUCAGAUGUAACUUUAGUGUAUUUGUAGUAUUUUUUUCUUGGUACAUACUACACUGAUUGGGAUUGAGUGGCCAUCAGUACUGAGUCAAGUCUUUUUAUGUUUUUGGAUAUGUGCAAAAUAGUAAUCUGCUAUUUGUUUGGGCCAUUGGUGUUGUAUAACUCAAAUAGUAAUACUACACUGCUAGCUUGUUGUUUA